UCUGAAAUUAAUUGUGUCAACGCGGAAAAAUACAAACCCUGAGUAUGGACCAGACUUUUCUGCCUCGAGAUUGGAAGUAAAAGAUAGUAAGAACAUGAGCAGUCUGACUAUUAUAAAUACAAAACAAGAAGAUGAGGGAAUGUAUCACUGUGCAUUCGUGGACUGGACUGGAAUUACUUGGAGUGCAACCUAUUUGUCAUUAAGAGGAAACUCUCUGAGGACAUCAAACUACACUGUUGUUCAGUGGUCGACAGUAUCUGAUCCAGUCCGUCCAGGAGACUCAGUGACUCUGCAGUGUUCAGUCCUCUCUGACUCUGAGAACAAGACGUGUUCAGAAGAUCACAGUGUGUUCUGGUUCAGAGCCGGAUCAGAUAAAUCUCAUCCAGACAUCAUCUACGCUGAUGGAAACAGACAUGAUCAAUGUGACAAGAGUCAGAAACGCUGUGUUUAUCGCUUCUCUAAGAACAUCAGCUCCUCUGAUGAUGGGACUUACUACUGUGCUGUGGCCACAUGUGGGGAGAUAUUAUUUGGAAAUGGAUCAAAACUACAAAACGAGCGAACAGUAAGUUGUAAAUUUACUGCGACGGUGAUAGGAGGAAUGGUCUGCCUGAUCAUUUCUGUGAUUGGAAAUAUUGUUUUCAUCUGUUACCGAACUCCAAGAGCAGGAUGUGAACAAUUUAAAGGAAUAGAAAGCGUCUCUUCACAAUCACAACACGACAACUCGAUCCCACCAGUCAAUGAUAAUACUGAAGGUGGAGAUGAUCUGAACUAUGCUGCACUGCAUUUAUCUGGAAGAAAAGCUACAAGAGGAAGGAAGAAGAGAGAGACUGAAGAAAGUGUGUAUUCUCAAGUUAAAUGCACGUUGUCGAACACCUUCCCUCUUCCCCCUCUUCCUCCGCCGAUCCCCUCCAGCUGGCUUCCCGAUGAUGACCUCGGCAAGGCCAGCUUUUGCACAGGAGUUCCCCAAUCACCAGCGACAGCACAAGCAGGGAGAAAAGUCAGAGUGAAGAUGAUCGUGUUCUGUGUUACACUGCUGCUCUUUCAUCAAGGCUAUACACUGGUUCCAGUGACCACAGUUCAACUCGGUGAACCUGUGACCUUCACAUGUGUUUUUACAGAUGAGUUGAACCGAAGAUUUCAUUGGUACAAGCAGACUGCUGGGGAAAAUCUGAAAUUAAUUGUGUCAAUGUGGAAAAAUACAAGCCCUGUGUAUGGACCAGACUUUUCUGCCUCAAGAUUGGAAGUAAAAUUAAAUAAGAACAUGAGCAGUCUGACUAUUUUGAAGACAAAAGAAGAUGAUGAGGGAAUGUAUCACUGUGCAGACGUGGAGUGGACUAAAAUUACUUGGAGUGCAACCUAUUUGUCAUUAAGAGGAAACUCUCAGAGGACAUCAAACUAUGCUGUUGUUCAGUGGUCGACAGUAUCUGAUCCAGUCCGUCCAGGAGGCUCAGUGACUCUGCAGUGUUCAGUCCUUUCUGACUCUGAGAACAAGACGUGUUCAGAAGAUCACAGUGUGUUCUGGUUCAGAGCCGGAUCAGAUAAAUCUCAUCCAGACAUCAUCUACGCUGAUGGAAACAGACAUGAUCAAUGUGACAAGAGUCAGAAACGCUGUGUUUAUCACUCCUCUAAGAACGUCAGCUCCUCUGAUGAUGGGACUUACUACUGUGCUGUGGCCACAUGUGGGGAGAUAUUAUUUGGAAAUGGAACAAAACUACAAAACGAGAGUAAGACAAGUUCUGAAUUAAUUGCGCUGGUGGUAGAAGUCGUCUGCCUGAUCAUUUCUGUGACUGGAAAUAUUGUUUUCAUCUGUUACCGAACUCCAAGAGCAGGAUGUGAACAAUUUAAAGGAAUAGAAAGCGUCUCUUCACAAUCACGACACGACAACUCGAUCCCACCAGUCAAUGAUAAUACUGAAAGUGGAGAUGAUCUGAACUAUGCUGCACUGCAUUUAUCUGGAAGAAAAGCUACAAGAGGAAGGAAGAAGAGAGAGACUGAAGAAAGUGUGUAUUCUCAAGUUAAAUGCCGAAUGUGAAUGUGUGAGUUGGUUCACAGUACUGAAAAAAGAACUGACUAAAGAAUUCAGUGUUGUGAGUUCCCUUUUAACUUUAAUAAGAAUGACCUGUUUCAUGAUAGCAGUCAAAUUGUACUGUAGCAUACAGACUUGCUCUUUGUGCUCUAAUUUUUACUGUACAUUGAUCCUUGCUUCAUAUUAUGUAUUUGCAUACAUCAUUUUGCUUGUUGUUAUGGGCAUCCUCACGCACAUGAUCAAACACAAAACCAAAAAAACAACAAAAAAACAAAAAACAAACAAACUCAGUAUUAUGCAAGCAAACGGUACAAUAGACUUCUCAGGUGUUACUAUCCAUGUCAGGCUUCAUUGAUCUGAAUAGGUUAAAUUAUGUGGAUAGCUUUUUAAAGUCUUAUUUUAAUAAUUCAGCUGUGUGUUACUAUGUCACUAUGGCUCAGAGAUUAUUUAAUGUCCAGGAAAUACCAGGCAAUAAUCAUCGUAACUUUUGAAGAUAACAAAAUUGAUCCUCUAUUUCACAAUGUUAAAGUCUCCUAUAACUUUCAGCUAAAUUGUGACAGAUUUUUUUCUCCAUCGAUGAAUGAAUCUCUUUGUGGCCAGUAUGGACAGGUUCAUGGUGAAAUAGCCUUCUGAUAAAAUGAACAUGAAUUUUCAUCCUUAUCAAUAAUGUGAUUGUUAAUAAAAUUUUGAACAACA